CAACAAACAAAACUGACAUAACUGAAGAGAGCAUCUCUCAUUCUCUCCUCACAAAGCAACAGUAUCUGUUUUCCUUAACACUAUGCUCUCUACUUUCUCUCUUUAGCGUAUUCUUCUUCUGACUCACUCUGGGUACUAUGGCCGCUUGUGCUCGCCGGAAGCCGAUUUUGCGCCGGAGAUCGUGGUGUUGCUCUUUGGCGGAACCUCCUUCAAGUCCAGAGCAAACUACAAGCAGCAAAAGCCUCCAUUACAAGCCUAACUCGCUCUCCAAACACGGGAGACCCAACUCGGUACCUACCUCUCCGCAGAGUUGCAAAUCUGGGCUGAACUUCGUGGGUCGGAUUGACCGGCGCCGGAUCCUUUCGCCAGGGCGUGUCUCUCCUAUCGACUCCGAUCCUACUGUAGAUUCCGUCCAAGAAAUGACCCGAGACCCUCUUCCAGCUGUCGCUUCUGCUCCCAAAUCGCGAUCCCACAGUUUCAGAGCCCCACCCGAGGGUUCUUCCUCUUCUUCCGUUUCGGGUUCUGGCUCCCGGCGGGAUUUUGAUGUGAGGCUGAAAUUGAAGGGAAGGAAUGGCGGGUCUCUGAUUCUGGAAUUGAAUUCAGAGAUUUUGAAGGCCAAUUCGGAGGUUUUUGCGGCCCUGAUUGCCGAGCACCAAAAGGGUUCCGGUAUGUGCAGAAUUGAGGUGCCGGAGGUGGAGAAUUUGGGCGUUCUUAGGGACGCAAUUGAGUUGAUGUUUGAGGAUGAUAUUCCCAAAAUGCUCAUGAAGAUGAGGGUUUAUAGAACUAUUGGGGUACUCGAGGUAUCUGCUGGAAUCAUGUUUAAAAAAGGCAUUUUGGCUUGUUUAAAAUACCUUGAGGCUGUUCCUUGGACUGAAGAAGAAGAAGAAAAUCUGAGGAUUCUGCUCACAAAGUUCAAGUUUGAUGAUGUGGCAACCAGGGACAUUUUGGCAAGGCUUUGCUUGCUUGAAUCUAAAGAUUCCGAACAAAAUCUUGCCAGACAACUUGUUUGGUCCAUCACCUCAUGUGCUGAUGCCAAUGCAAGGACUGAGCUAAAGCCCUUGGUAAAGGGUCUCCUUUGCAAAAGUUCAGUCUAUGAAAAGGAUCAGCCCGACCUCAACAAAGAGGAUAUCUACGGGGUUUGCCAGUCCUGUCUUGGUUCACUAGUCAGCCUUUUCGAGGAGGCCUCUGACUCUAUUUACGAUGGGAGAGGAGCAAAAAAGAAGACGGAUAAGCCUCUAAUUGAACGCAUCUCCAGACAGGUUGAUAACCUUAACUGGUUGUUGGAAAUUCUGAUUGAUUGGCAAAUGGCAGAGGAACUUGUAAAUAUGUGGACCGAUCAAGCAGAGUUGCUAAACAUGCAUGACACUGCAUCUCCAAUGCUCCGAUAUGAGCUAAGCCGUGUUUCGGCUAACAUAUUCAUUGCCAUAGGAACCAGGAAACUGCAUUCCCGGUCAGAAGCUAGAUCAAGGCUUCUCCAAGCUUGGUUUGGCAGAAUGUUGUCAGAUUUUGGUUGGCUUCAGAGGUGCAAAAAAGGACUUGACAUGAAGGCUUUGGAAGAAGCAAUGGGUCAGACGUUACUGACACUUCCUUUGAAGCAGCAACAUACGCUGUUUAUGGAAUGGUUUGGGUGUUUCUCCAAGCACGGUACUGAAUGCCCAAAUCUCAGUAAAGCAUUCCAAAUUUGGUGGCGCCGAUCAUUUGUAACAGGCUCUGAAUCUUAUGCCAUUGAAUCCAGGUAAAUGUGCACAGCUCUUUCAUCAGUUAAUACCUGUGUACAAUUGCAGAUGUGAAUAUUGAGUGAAUGUUGAAACAUCUGCAAGCGAAUAACCGUAGAUCAUGUAGAAUUGUUGAAACAACUCAGUAAUGCAUUGAAUGAUAACAUAUUUUGACUGGGAUUACCUACCUCUCCUGC